UACAUGCAGCCAGGAACACUUCAUGCUUCACUCGGGCUAUCUUUAGAGAGCUUUUUAAUAUGUCAUCCUCCUCAUACUGCAUUACGGAAAUACAACGUCGUAUAGAUGAAGUUAAGCAGUUUCUAUCUAUAACUCUGAACAUCGCUAAUGCUCACACUGUGGAGUUUUACACUCAGGACGCGUGGAACCGAUUCACGGCCGUGCCACCUCAGGAGGUCCUGUCAACAUUUAGCUCCUGUAAUGACGGCAGUGACCAGCAGUGGGAGCCACAACACAGAGCAAAGGAUCAAUCCAAGACCACAUUCGGGUUCUGCAAUGAAACAGACCGGCUGGUGGAUGCUUGUGAACUGUUGCGGGCCGCCAGAGCUCACUCCCUCCCUGGUCUUGGAGUGUGUAUGAGCAGGGACGAGCUGCUGCAGGCCCUCAGAGAGAGCAGGGCUGAGUCCAGAGCUCCAGCAGCAACUAUGGCAGUGAUCCCAGGUGGACCUGUGUGCAUCUUCUUUGGUUCAAUUGCAUGA